CCUUUCUCCCUACAGUUGCGAGCAACUUUCUCCGCCCCUGGAGCUAAAGUGGCUCGGGGACCGAGGCCGCCGCAGGUGGGUGAGCCCCGGGCCCCGCAUCUGGGUUGUGAUCUCCGCUCUGUUCAAGCCCUAGGCGCGUGCACCCUUGGGGGUCCCCGGCCUUGGGUCUGCGGGCGAGAUGCCUCUGGGGCACAUCAUGAGGCUGGAUCUGGAGAAGAUCGCCCUGGAGUACAUCGUGCCCUGUCUGCACGAGGUGGGCUUCUGCUACCUGGACAACUUCCUGGGCGAGGUGGUGGGCGACUGCGUGCUGGAGCGAGUCAAGCAGCUGCACUACAACGGGGCUCUGCGUGACGGCCAGCUGGCGGGACCGCGCGCCGGCGUCUCCAAGCGGCACCUGCGGGGCGACCAGAUCACGUGGAUCGGGGGCAACGAGGAGGGCUGCGAGGCCAUCAACUUCCUUCUGUCCCUCAUCGACAGGCUGGUCCUGUACUGCGGGAGCCGGCUGGGCAAAUACUAUGUCAAGGAGAGGUCCAAGGCAAUGGUGGCUUGCUAUCCGGGAAACGGAACAGGUUACGUUCGCCAUGUGGACAACCCCAAUGGUGAUGGCCGUUGUAUCACCUGUAUCUACUACCUGAAUAAGAAUUGGGAUGCCAAGUUACAUGGAGGAGUCCUGCGGAUAUUCCCAGAAGGGAAAUCGUUCGUAGCAGAUGUAGAGCCCAUCUUUGACAGACUCCUGUUCUUCUGGUCAGACCGGAGGAACCCACAUGAAGUUCAGCCCUCCUAUGCGACCAGGUACGCUAUGACUGUCUGGUACUUUGAUGCUGAAGAAAGAGCAGAAGCCAAAAAGAAAUUCAGGAAUUUAACUAGGAAAACUGAAUCUGCUCUUGCUAAAGACUGACUACAGUGUGAAGUCCGCUGGCCUCAUCCAUUUAGUAAUGGUUCCUGAAAUUUUACAUGUCAAGAUCCAAAGAGUCUGUAAAAUCCCCCGUCUGCCUGCAUCGUUCACAUCCCUGCCUUGUUUGUGGUACUUCCUGUUUUCUUGCCAGGACUGUCUUGACCUUCAGACCUUGAUUGCCAGAUGAACUCAUUUGAUAACUCCAGAAAUACCUGCAGACAUGCUCAUUGGCCAGCGGUUUAACUGAGAGAUUUGGGGCUAUGGCUGUUGAGAGAAGAGCCCAGGAGUGAUUCUUGUUUGCACUUUAUGAAUACUUCCUGAUUUGAAAGGAGGAGGAUUGCAAAGAAACAGACUGGUGACAGAUGCCAUGAAGAGGCACCCUUGAAGCCUUAGCAACAAGGAAGAGAAAAUGUGUCGUUGGAAGGAUUUCCAGAUGUUGUUACCCUGAGACUGGACAAUUAGGACAACCUAAUGACAUUAUUACCUCUAAAAAGGGCUGCUGUUGUAGAGAUCAAUUUCUAAGUGUCCUGUGGCGGACACUCUUAUUUUCCUGGUCGUA